AGGGUGGCUAGCUAGUCGAGUUUGACCAGAUGAGAUGAAGGUGGUGGGUUUUCAUGCGGGUUUGGACCGAGAACAGUCUACGGUAACAAAACAAAACAACAUUCAACAUUGUUGAUUGCGCGGGAGUCGGGACACGGGAGUCGGGAGCUCCAGUUUGGAUUUGAUGGAAGCGGGAGGGAUUGGAAGGCAUUGUUGUAUUGUUGUGUGCGGCUUCCCUAGCCGCCGUCCUGGGUUAGUUGGAGUUUGGCAAGCCCACCAGGGAAGAAUAACAGAAUGAUGUCAGGCAAGAAAGAAAGGAAUAAGCAGCCUAAGAAGAUGCAAAAUGAGGGAAAUGGCCAGGAAGAGGGAGAAGGAAGGGGAGAAUGCAGUGAUUCAGAUGAAGAAGAGAAAAUGCGAUCAUAUUUGUCUGAGGAAGCAAACAAGGUUGUGAGGGAAAAAUACCAGGAUUUGAUGACUGAGGUCCACCAAUAUGUAGAUGAAGACAAAAAUAUGGACACACACAAUCUCCAGAUGCUGGUGCUGAAGGCCAAUGAAGCAUUUGAAGCUGUCAAGCGGCCAAGAGAAGCAGCAAUAGAUUCACAACUUCUAAAAGUAUGUGGCAACAUGGCAAAAGUCAAUAUAGAAGCAGCACAAUCAAGUCUAGCAGUAUUCAAUGCAAGAGAGUUUGCAGAAAAACUUAGAAACUUUGCAGAGGCAGGUGGAGACAAUGACUUAGAAAGUGACAAAGAACCCUGUCUUCUUAGCAGGAUCUACGACAAGACUUCCCACUUGUUUAACAGUGCAUCUGGGAUUCAGCCAUUCUUCAGUGCAAUUGAGUGGAAAAGGCCUGAGACACAGCGAAAAGCCAGGCAGAAGAAAAAUUCUGAUGAUAUUGCCAGGCAUGGAGCUCAGAAGGUGGAAGUUCUAAAGGAACGUGAAGGAGAAGAGGAGGCAGAGGCAGUAUCAUGGGUGUACAAGACCUUGAAGCAAUGGUAUGCUAAUGCUGAAAAUGUGCCAUUACCAUUCUUCAACUUUGUAGUGGACCCAACUAGUUUUUCUCGAACUGUUGAGAAUCUUUUUCAUGUCAGUCUGCUUGUAGGGGAACUGCACGCUGAGAUUAAAGAAGACCAGGAUGGCUUGCCUGUUAUACUGCCCUCACAAAACACCGGGACUGGGCAAGGGACUCGAGGAGAGGAUAAGCAAUGCAUCUUGUCAAUUGAUAUAGAGGAGUGGCAACAACUUAUUAAAGCCUUUCAAAUCACGGAACCCAUGAUCAAACCUCGCACCACAAAGAGAAAGCCACAUUCUCUUCCUGUCUCCACCACUAUCUCUGCGUCUUCCAUGCUGCUCGCUGACAACAUUCCAUUGUCUGCAAAGAAUAAGUGAGUCACAUUUAAAGUGUCAUCUUUGAAGCACAAAUUUACACUUUCUAAUGUCUUUAUUGUUAUUUUGAAAGUUAUUAAUCCCUCCAGUACUGGGACACAUUUUUAUCUAGAGAUUUGUGUACCAUUAGACCAUUUUGAUGACAUUAGGAAAGGUGUAUGGAGGUUAGAGGAGAAA